AGUGUGAAAACUUCAUUCCACAAGUGAAUAUAAAUGGAGUUGAAGGUGAGCUCAUACACUUUUUCAAAGGAGCUUGCCCAACACAGUAUCUUCUGUUCUCCUGGCCAGAUCCCUGGAGCUGUGACCAACAAUGUGCGAUGAGGAUGAGACUACAGCCCUUGUAUGUGACAAUGGCUCCGGGCUCUGUAAAGCUGGUUUUGCAGGGGAUGAUGCCCCCAGAGCUGUCUUCCCAUCCAUUGUUGGGCGCCCACGACACCAGGGUGUGAUGGUAGGCAUGGGACAAAAAGACAGCUAUGUUGGAGACGAAGCCCAAAGUAAGAGGGGGAUCCUCACCCUGAAAUACCCCAUUGAGCAUGGGAUCAUCACCAACUGGGAUGAUAUGGAAAAGAUUUGGCAUCAUUCCUUCUACAAUGAACUUCGUGUGGCCCCAGAAGAACAUCCUGUUUUGCUGACAGAGGCCCCCUUAAAUCCAAAAGCGAACAGAGAGAAAAUGACCCAGAUCAUGUUUGAAACCUUCAAUGUGCCAGCGAUGUAUGUAGCAAUCCAAGCAGUUCUAUCUCUGUAUGCCUCAGGUCGAACUACUGGAAUUGUUUUGGAUUCUGGGGACGGAGUGACGCACAACGUGCCCAUCUAUGAAGGGUAUGCUCUGCCACAUGCUAUCAUGAGGUUGGACCUGGCAGGCCGAGACCUAACUGAUUACCUUAUGAAAAUUCUCACAGAGAGAGGCUACUCUUUUGUGACCACAGCGGAGCGGGAGAUCGUCCGAGACGUCAAGGAGAAACUGUGCUAUGUGGCUUUGGACUUUGAGAAUGAAAUGGCCACAGCGGCCUCCUCCUCUUCCCUGGAGAAGUGCUAUGAACUGCCCGAUGGGCAAGUCAUCACCAUUGGGAACGAGAGGUUCCGUUGCCCCGAGACCCUAUUUCAACCAUCCUUCAUAGGAAUGGAAUCUUCAGGCAUCCAUGAGACCACCUACAACAGCAUCAUGAAGUGUGAUAUCGACAUCCGGAAGGAUCUCUAUGCGAAUAAUGUUCUGUCGGGUGGCACCACUAUGUACCCAGGAAUUGGGGAUCGGAUGCAGAAAGAGAUCACUGCUUUGGCCCCCAGUACUAUGAAGAUUAAGAUGAUUGCUCCUCCAGAACGCAAAUACUCUGUCUGGAUUGGAGGCUCCAUCUUGGCUUCUCUGUCUACUUUUCAGCAAAUGUGGAUCAGCAAAGAUGAAUAUGAGGAAGCAGGACCUUCCAUUGUCCAUCGCAAAUGUUUCUGAACAGGGUCCCCGCCAUCUGGGCUAAGCCAUGGUGUUUCUAGACAGAGUUGGUGGACAAUUGUCAGUCAUAAGUGCUUUUGCUAUUCUUCCUGUGCUUGAAACUACAGAAAUGUGUAUAAUGACAAUAAAGAGCUAUGAGGAUGA